CCGACUUCCUCCAUCCAUAAACACACUCAACACACACUCACAUCAGCGGUUUGAGCAAGGCACCAACCAUCGUCACAACAAUGAAUUUUUUAAAUCAAUUAAAAGAGAGUGAUGUGUGUAAAACAUACGGAGGCCAGGUGGCUGAAACAGUGGGGGGCGUUGUCAAGGAUCAGAUAGAAGGAUUUUGUGGUGUAGAAGAUCACAAGGACCACAAGAAGGAGGACAAGAAGGAGGACAAGAAAGAAGGAGGAGGGGGCGGUUUCAUGGAUAACAUUGGUAAUGCUCUUGAUUUUGGAGGAGAUGACAGCAAGAAGAAAGAAGAAGGAGGGAACGAUCCCAUGAGUAUGGUGACAGGUUUUUUGGGAGGAGAUGACGACGGCAAGAAGAAAGAAGAAGGAGGGAACGAUCCCAUGGGUAUGGUGACAGGUUUUUUGGGAGGAGAUGACGACGGCAAGAAGAAAGAAGGAGGAGGGGGCGGUUUCAUGGAUAACAUUGGUAAUGCUCUUGAUUUUGGAGGAGAUGACAGCAAGAAGAAAGAAGAAGGAGGGAACGAUCCCUUCAGUUUGGCGACCGUUUUUUUGGAAGAAGAUGACAAGGACAAGAAGAAAGAAGGAGAAGGGGGCGGUUUAAUGGAUAACAUUGGUAAUGCUCUUGAUUUUGGAGGAGAUGACGGCAAGAAGGACAAAGAAGGAGGAGGGGGCGUUCCAAAUGAUAUGAUCAGUAGUCUUUUUGGAAGUGGUGGAGAUACGGAUAAGAAGAAGGAAGGAGAAGGAGAGUGCAGUUUAAUGGAUAACUUUGGUAAUGCUCUUGAUUUGGGAGGAGAUGACGACGACAAGAAGAACGAAAAAGGAGGGAACGAUCCCAUGGGUAUGGUGACAGGUUUUUUGGGAGGAGGUGACAGCAAGAAGGACAAAGGAGGGAACAAUCCCAUGGAUAUGGUGACAGGUUUUUUGGGAGGAGGUGACAGCAAGAAGGACAAAGGAGGGAACGAUCCCAUGGAUAUGGUGACAGGUUUUUUGGGAGGAGGUGACAGCAAGAAGGACAAAGGAGGGAACGAUCCCUUCGGUAUGGUGACAGGUUUUUUGGGAGGAGGUGACAGCAAGAAGGAAAAAGGAGGGAACGAUCCCAUGGGUAUGGUGACAGGUUUUUUGGGAGGAGGUGAUGACGACGAGAAGAAAAAAGGAGGAGGGGACGAUGCCUUCGGGAUGGUGAAAGGUUUUUUGGGAGGAGAUGACGACGACGAGAAGAAAAAAGGAGGAGGGGACGAUGCCUUCGGGAUGGUGAAAGGUUUUUUGGGAGGAGAUGACGACGACGAGAAGAAAAAAGGAGGAGGAAUCGGUUCGUUAUUUGGUUUCUAGUAAUAGCCACCCUGCAGACCACAUCCUGAAACUUUCAGCUUCAGUCCAUCGAUCCUCCACCUGCAGCGUCCUCAGAGAGGAGCAACUCCACCCAAACUGAAAAUUAUUGCUUUUAAUAUUUAUAAAUGAUUGUUUUUCUUUUACAGAGAACGUGACCCUACCUGUCGCAUCCAAAAACUCAUUUGGGUUGAGAAUUUUUUUUAAUAUGAAAUCAUAUAUACAGUAUAAAUAUAUAAUAAAACUCUUAAACUAAAUGUUAUCUACAGUAAAUAAGUUGCUUCUGCUGGGUGACGGACAAUUUCACCAACUGGUAAUGCACAUGUUUAUGUUUUCUUUACUGGUUUUACACCAUGAGAAUGUACUGAAAAUGAUCUGUGCUGAGGAAAUCUGUUGAAAACAUUACUAAACUUGGUUAUUAUAUGGUACAAUAAAUACAUCUUUAAUGUCACCUGGA